AGUGGGCCAGUCCUCCAAAGUGUUCAGGAGUCCACAGACGACCAGAUCUCUGACCUGGAGCAGUUAGGUGUGAGAUUUAUACACCACCAACCAGUUGUAUGUUACUUACCCGAACGACGGGAAAGGAUGAUGCCUGAAUAUCCUGAGCCUGAGCUCAUGCCUGGAGGCAUCGGAAAGUCCCAACCUGCAGACCCAGAGGUGCAGGCCCUGUGUGACUCUGUGAAGAGUGAAGUGGAGGCGCAGAGAGGAGAGAAAUAUGAGACUUUCAAAGCCAUAUCCUACAAGAAACAAACUGUAUAUGGAUACAACUACUUUGUCAAGGUCCAUGUUGGUGGCAACAAACAUCUGGAGCUCUUUUUGUAUGUAAUGCCUUCCCCCAACAGUCGGCCCGACCUCCGCGGGGUUAAGGAUUUCACAGAUGACCAGAUCUCUGACUUGCGGCAGGAAAUCAGACGGCCUGUUCGUCCACGUGGGCCUGUUUUAGGAGGCAUCGGAAGGCCCCAACGUGCAGACCCAGGGGUGCAGGCCAUCUGUGACUCUGUGAAGAGAGAUGUGGAGGAGAAGAGAGGAGAGAAAUAUGAGACUUUUGAAGCCAUAUCCUACAGGACACAAACUGUAGCUGGAUGCAACUACUUUGUCAAGGUCCACGUUGGGCAGAACAAACAUCUGGAGCUGGUUGUGUUUGUGGGGCUGCCUCACACCAACAGUGGACCAGUCCUCCGCAGUGUUCACGAGUCCACAGAUGACCAGAUCUCUGACUUGGACCGGGAAGGCAUGAGAGUUAUACCUCCAGAGCCGUUCAUAUGUCACAGACCCCGACGACAGGAAAUGAUGAUGCCUGAAAAUCCAAGAGUGUUCCGGUGUGGAGGCGUCGGAGGGCCUCAAGGCAUGAGAUUUCGAGGUCCAGAGCCGUUCAUAUGUCAUAGACCCCGACAACCACAAAUGAUGAUGCCUGAAUCUCCAAAAGAGCUCAUAUGUGGAGGCGUCAGAGAGCCCCAAAGCAUGAGAUUUAGAACUCUAGAGCCAUUCAGACCCCGACAAUAUGGAUGUGGAGGCAUCGGAGAGUCCCAACCUGCAGACCCAGAGGUUCAGGCACUGUGUGACUCUGUGAAGAGUGAAGUGGAGGCGCGGAGAGGAGAGAAAUAUGAGACUUUCAAAGCCAUAUCCUACAAACAACAAACUGUAAAAGGAUACAACUACUUUGUCAAGGUCCAUGUUGGUGGCAACAAACAUCUGGAGCUCUUUUUGUAUGUAAUGCCUUUCCCCAACAGUCGGCCCGACCUCCGCGGGGUUAAGGAUUUCACAGAUGACCAGAUCUCUGACUUGCGGCAGGAAAUCAGACGGCCUGUUCGUCCACGUGGGCCUGUUUUAGGAGGCAUCGGAAGGCCCCAACGUGCAGACCCAGGGGUGCAGGCCAUCUGUGACUCUGUGAAGAGAGAUGUGGAGGAGAAGAGAGGAGAGAAAUAUGAGACUUUUGAAGCCAUAUCCUACAGGACACAAACUGUAGCUGGAUGCAACUACUUUGUCAAGGUCCACGUUGGGCAGAACAAACAUCUGGAGCUGGUUGUGUUUGUGGGGCUGCCUCACACCAACAGUGGACCAGUCCUCCGCAGUGUUCACGAGUCCACAGACGACCAGAUCUCUGACUUGGACCGGGAAGGCAUGAGAGUUAUACCUCCAGAGCCGUUCAUAUGUCACAGACCCCGACAACAGGAAAUGAUGAUGCCUGAAAAUCCAAGAGUGUUCCGGUGUGGAGGCGUCAGAGGGCCUCAAGGCAUGAGAUUUCGAGCUCCAGAGCCGUUCAUAUGUCAUAGACCCCGACAACCACAAAUGCCUGAAAUUCCAAGAGAGUUCAUGUGUGGAGGCAUUGGAGAGUCCCAACCUGCAGACCCAGAGGUGCAGGCCCUGUGUGACUCUGUGAAGAGUGAAGUGGAGGCGCGGAGAGGAGAGAAAUAUGAGACUUUCAGAGCCAUAUCCUACAAGAAACAAACUGUAUAUGGAUACAACUACUUUGUCAAGGUCCAUGUUGGACACAACAAACAUCUGGAGCUCAAAGUGCAUGUAGAGCCUCCCCCCAACAGUAAACCCAAACUCCGCUGGGUUCAGGAUCUGGAGCCUAUCCGUCCACAGCUCAUCGUAGGAGGCAUUGGAGAGUCCCAGCCUGCAGACCCAGAGGUGCAGGCCAUCUGUAACUCUGUGAAGAGAGAUGUGGAGAAGAAGAGAGGAGAGAAAUAUGAGACUUUUGAAGCCAUAUCCUACAGGACACAAGUUGUAGCUGGAACCAACUACACUGUCAAGGUCCACAUUGGGCAGAACAAACAUCUGGAGCUGGUUGUGUUUGUGGGGCUGCCUCACACCAACAGUGGACCAGUCCUCCGCCGUGUUCUGGAGUUGGCGAAAUAAAGAUCGAAAAAAGUCUGAGCUUCUAAAUAAUGCACCAACUUUAUUUUAUACACUCCUGAUCAAAAUUUUAAGACCAGUUGAAAAUCUGCAAGAAUUCACAUUUUGCACUGUUGGAUCUUAUGAAGGUUCUAAGUAGUGCUUCAAAAAGCAAAAAGAAGAAAUGGGAGAAGAAAAAACUGAGUAAGCAAUUUACUGCAAACAACUAUUAAACUGAAAUAGGCUGUUCAUCAAGGUGAUCAAAAGUUUAAGACCACAUCCUUUUAAAGCUCAAAUCUUCAUUAAAAUGUGGAUUCAGUGUCAUUUUCUGUCAAGUAUCCACACUGUCACCACCUCCUGAUAGCAAAGACAAAAAAGAUUUCUCUCUUUGAACGCGGUCAGAUUAAAGGUUGUAUAGAGGAUUUUUUAAGGGAAGAGAAAUACAGCGACAGUCCUUUUUCAAACGUGCAUGCGUGACACCACCUUCCUCCUCCACAACUCCCUCAGUAGAAACAUCUCCUCCCGCCUCCAUACUCUAGAAAUCACGUUUGUUUACAGCCAGUGCGCAUUCAGAAUUACUGUUGAAGUGACCUGUCUAGAAAUAAUUUUGCGAUCGACGCGUCUUCAGUCUUUAGACCCUUCGUCUGCUUCAGUCGCACCAUCUCUGGAAGGAAUCUCCAAGAAUCACCUCAGUUUGGUUUUGCUCCUUUUCCCCUUCUCUUCUUCUUUCAGUGACCUCAAAAACUUACUUUCUUUUGCGGCGAACUGGUCGUGGAUUCUCGUCCGCCGUCGCAACAGAGUUUGUGCGAAUUGCGAGGAAGCUGCUGUUUGAAAAAGCCUCUAAGAAUCGCUGCAUAAUCCACGUAAUCCCAGCACGCCGCGAGUCAAUUACUCUAGAAAUGUAGGGAGUUUGAUUGACGACCUAACAGCCAAUAGAAAAUGAGGGAGCCUGGUUGUCUAUUGGCUGGUGUUUAUCUGGCUUCACUACGUCCACAGUUGAUAGAUUUUCAUUCUUUUUUUUUUUUUGGUCAUGAUAAUUACAAGGCUACUGCGUCUCUGUAGUGGUAUUUUAAACUUUCAUUGACAAUUUGAAACUGAAAAAAAAUCCUCCAUACAACCUUUAACUCCAUCAGCAAGGCCUCGUGCAGCGCGACAUUGCUGCUGAGGUUGGACGCAGUAAGACAGUCAUUUUAAACUUCUUAAAAGAUCCUGAGGGUUAAAGGAAAAAAAGUCAAGUGGUAGACCCAAAAAAAUUUCACAAGCCCUGAGACGGAUGAUCUAGUUGGUCCAUCAAGACACGGGACAAUCCUCAGCCCAAAUUACGCUUGUCAAUGGUGCCAACUGCAGUCCCAUAACCAUUACACAGCAUCUGCGAGAGAAGGGUUUUAAGUAGGCCUGUAACGAUAACAGAUUUAGCUGGACGAUUAAUUGACCAAAAAAUGAUUGUGAUAAAUGAUAAUCUUGACAUUUGGAGACCAUUUUCAACUAAUAUAAUGACAAUGGAUUAAAAAUGCAAAUACACCCUCUCAAAGACGAAUAAACUUUACUUUCUAAAAAACAUUUAACACAAGAACUGCACAAGAACCAGAAACAACAGGUCUAAAAUAAUACAGACUUGUUCACAUAAGAAUAGCCUAAUGCUGUCUGCCCUUGUUAACAAAAAUAGACUUGAAUAAACCAUUGUUGAACCAAACACAACCAAAACGAUACAUAAAUGGAUUAUUAAAUCUCUGUAACAAAAUUGCCCUUAAAAGUGAUUUUAGUCAUUGACUUCCAUUGGAAUAUUGUGUCUCUCUCUCUGUGGCUGCUGCUCUGAGCCUCGUCAUUUUGGUCGUCAAAUGUUCUCGUCAAGUGUUCGUAUUAACCCGUGACACAGGAUCCUAGUUCACUAUUUUGUCUGUCAGAAAAUCAUAUUCAUAAUAUAGAGCCUGCCUCCUCGCUUAGUCCACUUUUUUAUACAGGGAUUAUUGUUAUGUGCUGCACAUGUCUCCUGCAGACAGAGCCGCUGUUCUGUCUGGUGUCAUGUCGGAGUCUUGUGGGAUUUCAGUGGAUUUCACGCUCUCUCGGGGGCGGGGAUAGUUGUGUUGAUCGGGUAUAAGUGUAUUUCAGCUGCUGGGGUUUGAACCAUUUCUUCUCGUCGUUUGUGCACUCACCUGCAUUCGACGCUCUCACUAACUACUGUAGAUUUGGCAUCAUGACAUAUUUUGACACACGGAGAUGAACUGUUUUGGUUCUGGCGGUGGCGCUGGCUUUGUGGCUUCGUGUUAAUCACACAGAGCGGCGCUUUCUGCACUCGGGCUGCACAGGCAUCCGCUGUGUUGAAAGACAAAUAAUCUGUCUCUACAGUCGAUGCCCUAUGGUCUAUACUGACACGUUGGUUCAAGCAUCAUUGCGCUGAGGAGACGAGAGGAGUCAGAGAGCGAUACGAGCCUUUUGACAUUCGGACUCUUUGGUAGGGAGAGGGAGAGACGUCUUCUUCAAGACCUCGUCUCCUUCAACGGCACAAAAUUGGCCGUUUGGAGUUUGUACGAGAGCACCAAAUGGGACACUGAAAGGUGGAAGAAAAUUUUAUUUUCUGGUCCUGAUGGCUUCCAACCUUACUGGCUCUACUUAGAACCUUCUUAAGAUCCAACAGUGCAACAUAUGAAUUUCUGCAAAUUUUUAACUGGUCUUAAAGUUUUGAUCAGGAGUGUGUAAGAUUAUAAUCUGAUACCAAAUCAAUGAUGUCAUAUGUUUCAUAUAAACAGUUAUGGUGCACACUUCACUAAUCUCCUGUGGUUUUGUCUCAUUUGUUCUUAUCUACUUCUUGUAAUAAGUGUUACAUCAAUAUUCUUCAAUAUUCUAUGGUGAUGACACACCUGAUUGGUCUGUUAUUAAUGUUCAUAUCUUGAUUUAAAAGUCCUGUGUUACACUAAAUUAACUCUUGUGACCUUAAACCAUGUUAAAAUGUUACCUCCUGAUAAACAGAUGUGGACUUUUUGGAUUGUUUCAUUCACACAUGUUUGAGUGUCCAGCCUGUCUGCAUCCCCAAAGCUCAAAAUGCUCUAUUUCACCUUGUGAUGUCAUGAAGUGGUAGUUUUCAUGUUAUCAGCUCCUUUUACCUUUAGUUCAGUAGAGAUUGACAGUUCCAGGGCUGAAUGUAUCCAAAUGAUUCUAGUCAAGGUGUCUGGAGUUUAAAAACACAAUGGAGCACUUCCUGUAUUCCACAUGACAUCACAGGGUGGAACAGAGUGUUUUCUGUCACAGGUUCAGACAGAAGUGAGAAGAAGCAGUCCAGAAAAAAAAGGUCAAGGACAGACAACAGACCAGCUCCCCCUUACCCCUUAGCCCCUCCCCCUGAUCUAAUCAGUUCACUUCACUCUGGGUUUUUCAGGUUUAACACUGUACUCAUGAACAUAAAGCAAACUGUAAACCACCAUAAUAAAAAUACUGUAAUA